UUUUACGACAUUUCCGCUUACCUGUGAUUGGCCACACUGUGUUUCCGCGAGCAAGCGCUGAGCUGCCAUCUUUGUGUCGUUGAUUUGGCUUGGCGCCUUUCCUGUGUUGGUUGUUCAUUGAGUGGUAAUUGUGUGUUACACGUUUCAAAAUGGCUGGUGGAAAAGCGGGCAAAGAUUCGGGUAAAGCUAAGGCGAAAGCAGUAUCCAGAUCAGCAAGGGCUGGACUACAGUUUCCAGUGGGAAGAAUUCACAGGCAUCUCAAAAAUAGGACGACUAGCCAUGGUCGAGUCGGCGCCACAGCGGCAGUAUAUUCUGCAGCUAUUCUGGAAUAUCUUACAGCCGAAGUGUUGGAGUUGGCGGGAAAUGCAUCCAAAGAUCUUAAGGUGAAACGUAUCACACCUCGCCAUCUACAGUUGGCAAUUAGAGGAGAUGAAGAGUUGGACAGCCUGAUUAAGGCGACCAUCGCUGGUGGUGGUGUCAUCCCUCACAUUCACAAAUCCCUCAUCGGCAAGAAAGGUGGACCAGGAGCUCCUGUUUAAUUAUAGGUAUUCUGAACAAGACUCACAUUGCAUUUGAACCCGGUCAACAUCAGAACUGCGAUAUUCAUCACCCAAUCAGUAAAAAGUUUUUCUAAAGUUAAGUGAUUGAUAUGUGAAACAGUGGAGUGACUUCAGCAAACAGUUGAUCCGGACUAAGUCUAGUUUUUAAGUACUAGGAAUAUCUUAGAAAAUAAGGAGAUUUAAAAUAUGAUUGUAUUAGAAUUAAGUUUAAUUUCUUGGUUUGUUCAUGGGACAUUUUAAUUUGCUGUAAUAUUGAAAUAUUCUAGACAAUAUAAAAAUUAUUCUGCUCCCAACUUCUGCAAAAUUUCUACUAGGCUAUACAUACUGUUGUUCAAUACAGGAGCUGGAGCAAUUAUAAUUUUUACGUUUUUUUUAAAUACAUUAAUGACUGCGCAUGUUUGUAAUAUUUAAGCUGUAAGCUGUUGUAAUUUCUUUGUCAUCUUUUUGUGUUUUUUUAAGUGACAUUGUUGGCAAAGCUAUUUUAAAGCCUGCCUGCAAAUUAUAUUGUUCUAAAAAUUGCAAUUUGGCAUAAUUGAACUGUUACAAGUUGUAAGAAAUGUAUUUUGAUCUUUAAAAUAAAAACAAUAUUGAGAAUAA